CAUUUCAUUCUUGACAGUGGAAUUGACACUCGAUUUAAUAUGUCAUUGAUGGCACCUUAUUUAUUUUUCAUCCGAAUUUUUCGCUAAAUAGUAUUUUAUCACAAAAUCACAAUGUCAAAAAAUGACAAAAUGUCCUCCCAAACACUGUAAGCCUACAACCAGUUUCUUUUACAAAGUAUUGAAUUCCAUCAAGAUAUUGCAAAGCAAAGAAGAAUAUUGUAAUGGAGUCAGUCUAGAUGAAAUAGAGAAAUUCAUGGAGAAAACUUACUGCCUCACAGGAGAUAUCCGUAGCCAGUUGGAAAAUUCUAUAAGUGUGGCAGAUCAAUCACGGUUAGUAACAAAAAAGAAAAAAUAUUAUUCUCUAGUGAGUCCAGCUGCGAAUUUGCACCUCAUUCCUGAACCAUGUGUGAAAGCUAAAUUAGAAGAAAUUCAACGAUCAUUCAAUUCAGUUCAGUGCGUAGCCAAAAAUGUCUUGAGGAAAUCACGCCGAAUUCAAUUCUCACAAAAUAAAUGUUCAAGCUGCUGUGAAUAUUCUUCGAGGAGAGCAAAUAAAAGAAAACACGAUUCUGAACCCAAGAAUACAAGAAAAUCUCGAUCAAGGUCGAGGAGUUCGACAAGAAAAAAGGAAUCAAGAUCCCGAACUCCAUGUAGAUCUAGAUCCAGAAGUCCAAGUAGAUCAGUAUCUCCCAAAAGUAGGUCAAGAUCUAAAAGCCCGACAGGCAGUAAAGGUGACUCGAACUCAAACAAAAGGAAAAAGGAGAACUGUGAAUGUAUUUCUAAUUCAGACCGAUCCACUAGCCCGUUUAGAAUGCCAAGUAAAUCGUGUCUGAAAACUUCGAGUGAUAAAAGUUUGAACGGAGUGAAAAAAGAAGUUGUUUUCAAAGGAGAAGGCAACUCAAAGAGCCCAUGUGAAACUGAUUCAUCUGACAACUGACCUGAGCUAAAUUAUGUAUAUUUGUUAAUGUUCCAUCAUAAAUAUCAAUUGUGUGAUUAUAACGAGACUAGAUCCAUU